AUGGCUGACAACUCGGGCAGCAGCAACCCAUUCGCACGUCGCGAGGAGUUCUCGAGCCAAUCCAUACUGCUGUACAAGAUCUCCACAGGUCUUUCGUACAUCAUCCUGCUCACCACAGCAUUCUACUACACCUUCAACAAGCCCAACGAAGGCCAUGGGCCACACCACCGCUUCUGGCAGCACCAACCAGCAACCCCGUUUGCGCAGAGCAGCAUCAUCACCUCGAUCUACUGGAUCGUCCUCUUCAUCCUCCAACUAGUCUACGCCUGGUCCCUCUGGUCCUCCAAUAACACCUACCUCGUUGCCGCCGCCAACAUCGGUACGCACUACAUCACCUCGAACCUGCUGCUCUUCGGCUUCAUCCACCUCUGGGUGCGCAACCACUUCUGGAUCGCUGAAUUGCUACUGAUUAUCAACUUCUUCAACCUGAGCUUCGCAUAUUUCAGGCACUCCACCACCCCGCGCGCCAUCCACAUCGGCACUGUUGCUGGGCCUCUGGCAUGGAACUUUGUCGCGCUGUACUGGGUUGGUGCUGUAGCGUUCCAUUCGACCCAUCUUGUGGGCAGGAUUGUUGCUAAUGUGUUCAUUUGGGGCUGGCUUGGAUAUGGUGUUUUCUUCCUUGCUGCGUACAAGGACUACACCAUCGGCUUUGCGCUGUCCGUGCUGUCUUUCUCCACGGGUGUCGGGCAAUUCCUCAGCAAGCUCCCCAUCCUCCAACUGCAGUGGAUCUUUGCAUUCACCAUUGGCGGCAUCCUCUUUGUUCUGUCGCUUGCGGUCGGUGUCCCUGGACUUCUGGGUCGUGAUCCCUUCCCACGUGGACAGAUUGUGAGCGAGGACCGUGAGAGGGCGCCUCUGCUGGCUGACGUGUAA